AUGGCUCUCAAACCUCAACGUCGCGUCGUAACCACCCACAAGGGCACCGCAUCCGCCAUCAUGAUCGACGAAACAGUCAACCUCAUUUCCCAAGGCAACGCCAGCCUCCGCACCCUUUGGCAGAGCCACGAGCACCCAGCUCUGCUCGAUGAGCAGCGCGACAUGGCGGACGAGAGCCAGGGCUUCUACGCCAAGGGCUCGCUGAUCAGGGUCCUGGACCUCGAGCCCAAGGCGGUCGGAUUCAACCACCGGACUGCCUCGCUGGAUUAUGGCAUCAUCAUGCAAGGGUCUGCCGAGAUGGUGCUUGAGGACGGCUCGAAGACUAUUUGUAACGCCGGCGAUGUGGUCGUGCAGCGCGGGACUAUGCACCAAUGGAACAAUCCGACAGACAAGCCGACGAGGAUCAUCUUUGUUUUGCUGCCGGCGAAGCCGCCGGUUGUUGAAGGGGCCGAGCUGGGAGAUUCUGGGCUCCCGAAGCUUCCUGGACAGCACUAA